UCUUUUUCAUUCACAACAGGCAAGUGGUUGUGAUGCCCAGUAGUAUGUGGACGGAGGGUUUUUUUGACAUGUCGAUUAAUACACCGUUAGCUGGAGUGCAGCUGAGGUUUCUCGCGUCACCGCUGCUGUAGUUUUGACGGUUGAGUUUUGAAUAACCCAAAUAAAAGACGCUGUAAAGUUAGUCCGAACUCUCUCGUGUCAUACUGUUAGUUAGCCUACAAACUCAACGUACAAUGUAGACGUCAAUUCAAGAUGACUCGUCUCUGUGCUUGUCUUUUAUGAGUCACAAUGUACUACUGAGCUGUCAGUCACUCGCAUUAUACAACUUGAGUAUGUGUAGGUUUCACUAUGAUCCAUCUCUAAAAGUUUAAAUUCUACUUUUCGUCCUUUUAACGAUGUAAAUAGUACCAUCUAAACGGUCUAACUUUAGCAUGCAAAGGCAAGCUCUUAUGUGUUGCCUUCAAGGACACUGUAACAUGUAACUUAAUAACUUUCAUCUAUCUCUGUACUUCACCAAGCCCACAGCAGCUCAAUUGCCAUCUCUAACAUGGAGCCUCACUCUUUUAUUAUUCCAUGCAGGAUGCAGAAACGUAGGGACCUUAAUCACCAAGCUGAUAGGUUCCCGUUUUAUACCAUGUUAGGAGAAUAGUGGUCAAUUAGGUUAGAGAGGGAUUGUUUUGAGCCCGCCUAUGACAGUAAUGGGAGAUUUGGCUUUUCUGCUUUUUUCCCCUGUUGCUGUAGAUAUUAUCCUCUGUUUCUGUGUGCUCAUAAUCUUAUGAAUAUACUCCUGCAAUGAAACCUCUGAGGAUUUCCUGCUGUAAAUGGUAAUUGCACAUCCGUCUUGCCAAGCCUGCUUCAUGCCCCAAGCAGGCUAAAUGGAAAAGAUUGUGACUGCAAAAACACCCAUAUACAGCGGGAGAGCUCCAAUAUAGGCUUCUGCAGACAGUUAGCUGUUCCCUAGCGCUGUGAGAAGGUGUUUUGCUACUACUACUACCUCAUUAACCCAGAUAAAAACAGGAUUGCAACUCAAGUUUUCCCAUUAGGAAUCAUUUGUGGACUAUGUGAGCAGAUGGAGUUUGACACUUAAGCUUGAGUUUGAUUUGAGUAUACAGACCCUGACAGAUUUGGCUUCAUCACAGUAGACUGGCAGAACACUUAAUUCACAGAGCGAAGUAACUACCUCAGCCCACAGGAAGCUAUAAGGUUCAGUCAUUCUUUGCUAAAUUUGCUAAACACCAUUUGAUAUGGAGCAAGACGGGGACCUAAAUCCAGAUACAGAUGACCUUCCACUUCGCGCCAAUACCAACCACAUACUAGUCAAGCACUAUGUAUUAGACCUGACUGUUCAUUUUGACAGGAAAGUCAUCAGUGGUAGUGUCACUCUGUUCCUGCAACCUUGCUCUGGAGUGAUGACUAGGCCUCAAAAUGGGAUUGAAUGUGGAGCUGGAGACGUAGCUGGGACUCAGGAGGCUGAAAAGAGUCAGGAUGCAUCUUUGUGUAGCUUUCAGGAGGUGGAUACAAUAAAGGAUCAUGCAAGAGAUUUAGAUCAGACUAGAGUUGGUACAGCAACUGUGGAUCUGGAGGAGCCCAUGAUAAAAAACAGGGAGGGAUUUGGGAAUGCUACAACAAGGAUGGAGACCAUCUUUGGGACGCAAGCUCAAGCAGAAGCUGAGAAUAUUCAGUCCUCACGUUGGUGGGAAAACACAAGUGACGGUGAUUUCACCUUGGUGUUGGACUGCUGUGAUCUCGCUGUAUCAAAGGUCGAAGAAGUGGAUGUCACCUCUGUGUCAGCCAUGUUUAGCCACCUAGCAGAGGUCUCAUCUGAGAGGACAGGGGUCUCCUCAGUGAGCCCACAAGCAGCCCUCAUUCAGAACAUUAUUUCCAUGCCCUCUAUCCAAUGGAGGCAGCAGCACCAGCUCUUUUCACAGUGUAGCCAUGCCCCUGCUGUCCAGGAUGGCAGCUCCUUGCAUUUUCAUACAGACCGCUGGAGUCUGCAGGUGAGGAAGAGAGGGGUCUCAUCCCCUCAGGAGUUUCCUCGAGUUCUCAGGAUCUGCUAUGAAACGAGGCCAACUGGAGGCUCCGUGAGGUGGACCAAAGACCAGGACAACAGGUUGUGUGUUUACACUGCCGGUUCUCCCAUCAACAACCGAGCCCUCUUUCCCUGCCAGGAACCGCCUGUUGCCAUGUCAACAUGGCAAGCAACAGUACGGGCCCCCAGUGAGUGUGUGGUUUUGAUGAGUGGGGAGGAGCAGGCUGUACCAAUUGAGGAUGGGGACACAUGUUUCUUAAUCUGGAAUUACUACGUCACUAUGCCCAUGCCUGCAUCCACCUUCACCUUGGCAGUGGGCCACUGGCGCCAAGUCACAGCAGAAAUUCCCCUAGCGUUGGAAAAAGAGAUGAGGGACAGGAUGGAUUGUGGCAAGAAGCCCAAACUUGGGGCUGGGGAAUGGACUGAGGCUGGGCUUGUGUCCUCACUUGGAAGUUCUACCACUGAAGUAGUAAAGGGCUCUACGCUCCAGACUGGCAGCGGAGACCAGACCACCCGCUCAGACUCUGCAUUCUGUUACUCUUCCCUUGAGGAUGAGAGGCUCUCUGUAACUGAUUAUUCAGACAUGGUGGAUGACAGCAUCUCUUGUUCCCAUGGCGACUACCCUUGCCGAUUUACUGAGCGGUCGGCGGGGUCCCAGCGGGUGAUUCCACAUCGUGUAUUUGCCCCCGUCUCCCUGCUGCAGAAGGCCCAGAUUGGAGUCCUCCCAUUGUUGCCACGAUGUUUGGCAGCAGCCAACUCUGUUCUGGGAGUCCAUCCAUUUCCUCGCCUUGAUGUUCUCAUUGUACCAGCGGGGUUCUCCAGUCUGGGCAUGGCCAGCCCCCAUAUAAUUUUCCUGUCCCAGAGCGUGCUGUGUGCUGGGAGUCCUGGUUCUGAAGAAACUGCCUUGGGUCUGUGUGGGUCCAGGCUGUGCCAUGAGAUCGCCCACUCCUGGUUUGGCCUGGUCAUCGGAGCCAGAGACUGGACUGAGGAAUGGAUCAGCGAGGGCUUCGCCACCUACUUGGAGGACAUUAUCUGGGCCAAAGCACAGCAACUCUCUUUACAAGAAAUAGCAGAACAGUCUGACCUGAAGGCACUGCUGAGGUGGAGAAGACUCUCUGACGAGUUGCAGAAUUCAGAGGAGGAACUUCAAAUCCUCAGACCCAACAUGGAGAACACUGGUCAGGUCAGUGAAUCGGGCUCCUCCACGGUUAAACAUGCCCUCAACCCUGACAAAUCCUUCAUGCAAGUCCACUACCUCAAGGGCUACUUCCUCCUCAAGUUUUUGGCCAGUCAAGUUGGAGAGCAACAAUUCAGAGACUUCUUCAGAUUAUUUGUGAAGAAAUACCACGGGCAACUCGUUUUGUCUCAGGAUUUCCUACAAAUGCUGCUGAUUACCUUUCCCGACAUGGCAAGAAAAGGCCUCACCCUCAGUGCUAUUUAUGCUGACUGGCUUGAUCGACCGGGAAUUCCAAAGUGGCUGUAUGAAAGGAGCGCCGUGUGGUCACAGGCGAGGCUGGUGGAAGAAGUCAAAGCAGAGGUUGUAAAAUGGAUUCUCCUCAGUCAGAGUCAGGGGAAGGGCAGAAAGCGGAAGAGAAUGGAGCCCAAGGUGAACUACAAAGAGGUGACAUCAGACCAACUUGUGAUGCUUUUGGAGCUUCUUUUAGAGGAAGCGGACCUGAGCGUGACAACAAUGCGCACACUGCAGCGAACCUACGACUUACAGAAUCAAGACGCUGAGGUCCGACAUCGUUGGUGUGAGCUUGUGGUCAAACAUGGACACACUCAGGCUUAUGGAGACGUGGAACACUUCCUGGUUCAUGACCAAGCCAUGGGUGUGUAUCUGUAUGGGGAGCUGAUGGUUCAGGAGGAUCCUGAGCAGCAGGCUCUGGCCCGUCGCUGCCUCUCAUUGAUCAGUGAAGAAAUGGACCAAUCUGCACGCAGAGUGGUGGAGGAGAUGGUCCUAUGACAUUGGAGGUUGCUAACUACAGACGGAGAUAACAGGAGUUUGGCACACAGGACGUACAAGGGUCCAGCACUCACCUCCUCUUCCUCUGUAGGAGAGGGGACGCUGCAGGAUCGCUCAGCAGCGUGAACACCAGAAGGCUGCGCCCUUACUCCUGCAGCCGAGGCCAACUGGCAAGGUUGAGAGCACAGCAGUUCUGCUCAUUGAAGUAAAGAAAUUGCUGGUAUAUUUGAUGCACUAACAAUACAAGCUGUUCCCGCUGAGACACAGUGUUGACUAAAUUAUUGCUCUGAUCAGUGAUUAAGAAAAAAAAAUGUUACACUGUUUGAUCUGUUUAUAUUUGAAUGAUAGGUAAUGGAAAAUAUUUUGGGAGAUAUUUGAUGGAUAAAGACACCUCCAUCCAUGUUUAAAAACCUGAACUUCUGUGUUUAAGUUAGUUUCUGUAUAUUACGUGAAAUGUGUGUGAGCCAGCACACAUCUGCAUAUGAGUUCAUGUCUGUUUAGUCUGAAGCCAUGAUGUGGUUCUUAAGAGUUUAGACUGGAAAUACUUUCAGGUUAGUCAUGUUUUUAUACAUAACAGAUUACUUCACUCCUGCCUGUAACGACACUGGAAAAUAUACAACCGACGACUCUCAGGGUAUUUCUAUAGUUGAUGGUUCAGUAACCGCUGAGCAAAUAAUAAUGGCAAUUUUGUUUUUUCUCAAGAGAAAUUUUCAGUUCAACUUUUUGAUGUGGUCAUGUUAAAAUAAAAAAUGUUUCUUAAAA